CGCACCCACAACAUCAUGCUCCAACAUCAGUUCCAGGUUGAGUUGCAGGCGCUGGAAGCAUCGCAGAAAGCGGCGCGCCAGGCGGCUCAUGUGAAGAUACAGACUGCGUUUGAAGCGAUGGACGGGUCGUUGGGGCAACACGUGGACGGCGCCAUGGACCACAUCAUUGCGACCCAGCAAGCCAUCCAAGAUGCAUGCAUUCAACUCGGCAAGGUCCAAGUCCAACGGCAUCAAAAGGUGGUGCGAUGGAAGGCCGAGUUGAGACGAUUCCAGGCACAAGUAGACGACUUGAAGCUGUUUGAACAAUGGUGUGAACGCACCGAAGCGAACUUGCAUCUCGUAUGCGGGAAGCUCGAGUACGUGUGCCACGAACUCAACCGCCUGGACGACGACACUUCUACAUCGUAGGUGUCGUCCCACCAUCCCUCUCAUGCUGCCACCCUGCUCCAUACUGGUUGCAUCCUCGCUGUAUACUCCAUUCGUUUCUAUGAGCUUUAUCAUGUUACAUUCGAAUAUUCCGCGCAAGUUCGCGAAUCACG